UGAAACAAUCGGAGCAAGCAGACAGACUCUCCAAAUUAGUCUUUGGAGUCGAGAUUGUCCCUGUCAAAUACUAUAUCGUGUCAUCGCCUAAGAAUGUGCAUGUCAAACAACGGUUUUCGACGACUUAUGUGACUGUACGAUUCUUUACUUUUAACAGACAUAGAGCCUAACGUGAGCAGUAGGAAUGGAACUAAAGGUGCGUUUGUCUAGAUAAAGGGGAUAUGAUAAGAUGUUUAGAAAUGCAGGGAUUUGUCCGGCUAGAUCAUUGUAGUUAGUCUAACCUGGCCGCCUUUGCGAAAACGAACUUGGAGCACUGGACUGGACAUGACCUGGACAGUAAACUCUACCGCUAUUGCAGUUAGAAAUGCGUUGAAGUCUUGACUGAUUUGUUUAAGUUUCCUUUAUCCUGCUACUGUGGUAGCCCACUGGGCAGCAACUCUUCACGAUAGCUAUCGAGAGUAGCCUACUGGUACAACGUUAGCUAUCAUUGCAACUCACCAGGUGAGUGAAAUGGAACGUCAGUACUCAACACGUAUUAUUUGUAAACAUUUUGGGGGACAGUCAGGAUUACCUUGACUUGCAAGCCUAUGAAGAUUGUCUAACUGCACGCAGCUAGAUAUAACAAAGAACAUACCGAGGAGCGGAGGUGUAGAUGAUCCACAGAAGUCGCCCACAUGCGCUGGAUUUUGGAACGGAAUAAGAAGGUGGAAGACGUGAGAUCAAAAUCCUUGCAGGCUGGUGGAAGAUGGCGGAGCUCUGUAGUUGGAGGUGGUGAGAGAGAAACUUCAGGGCGCUUUGGAUUCAUUAGUGCACACCGUGACCCGGAUCAAAGGACCCAUGCAAGCCAAAAAACGGUAUUUAAUUCUAUUCUCUGCCUGCGCAUGUGUCGUUUUACUGUUUUACUUUGGAGUGGUGCAGCUCCCGGCUUCCAGGAGAAACCAGAACCGGCGUGAUGAUCACAGCCGCAGUGGAUAUCAUGCGAGUCCGCACUGGCCUCACUUUUCGGACCCCCUGCAGCCUUUCAUUCCUUGGGAUCAAUCCGAGACCGAGGACUACAACGUUCACAUGUCGCCAAGGCAGAAGAGAGAUGCCAAUUCCGGGGUGUACAGGGGCAAACGGUGUCGCAUGGACUCCUGCUUUGAUUUUUCCCUUUGUAAAAAGAAUGGCUUUAAAGUUUACGUUUACCCGCAGCAAAAGGGUGAGAAAAUCUCAGAAAGUUACCAAAACAUUCUCUCCUCCAUUGAAGCAUCCCGGUUCUACACAUCGGACCCUGGGCAAGCUUGCUUGUUUGUUUUGAACUUGGACACUUUGGAUAGGGACCAGCUGUCUCCUCAGUAUGUGCACAACCUGAAAUCAAAGAUCCAGAACUUGCAUGUUUGGAAUAACGGUCGGAACCAUCUUAUAUUUAACUUGUACUCGGGGACAUGGCCGGACUACACGGAGGAUUUGGGUUUCGAUAUUGGCGAGGCCAUGCUCGCCAAGGCAAGCAUAAGCACCGAGAACUUCAGGCCCAACUUCGACGUGUCCAUUCCUCUAUUCUCUAAAGAUCACCCAAGGACCGGUGGGGAUAGGGGCUUUUUAAAGUACAAUAACAUACCACCUUUGAGGAAAUAUGUGCUGGUGUUUAAGGGUAAAAGGUACCUCACGGGCAUAGGCUCGGACACCAGGAAUGCCCUGUAUCAUGUCCACAACUCCGAGGACGUGGUGCUCCUCACCACAUGCAAACAUGGCAAAGACUGGCAGAAGCACAAGGAUGCCCGCUGUGACAAGGACAACGCAGAGUAUGACAAGUAUGAUUAUAAAGAGAUGCUGCAUAACUCCACGUUCUGUCUGGUGCCUAGGGGACGACGCCUGGGCUCCUUCCGCUUCUUGGAGGCACUGCAGGCUGCCUGUGUCCCGGUCAUGCUCAGUAACGGCUGGGAGCUGCCCUUCUCCGAGGUCAUUGACUGGAGCACUGCCGCCGUCAUCGGGGACGAAAGGCUGCUACUACAGAUCCCCUCCACGGUGCGCUCCAUCCAUCAGGAUAAGAUCCUCGCUCUCCGCCAGCAGACACAGUUCCUCUGGGAGGCCUACUUCUCGUCCGUGGAGAAGAUCGUCCUCACCACUCUGGAGAUCAUCCAGGACCGGGUGCUUCAGCAGGAGGCCAGGAGCAACCUGAUGUGGAACCGGCUGCCCGGAGGCCUCUUCACCCUGCCCCAGUACUCCCCCAGCCUGGGCGACUUCCCCUUCUUCUACUCCAGCCUGGGCAUCAGACCACUUCCUAAGUUCACCGCGGUCAUCCACGCCGUCACCCCGCUGGUGUCGCAGUCCCAGCCCAUCCUGAAGCUCCUGGUGGCGGUGGCCAAGUCUCAGCACUGUGCCCAGAUCAUUGUCCUCUGGAACUGUGACAAGCCCCUGCCUGCUAAACACCGCUGGCCAGCCACUGGCGUCCCCGUCAUCGUGAUCGAGGGGGAGAGCAAGAUGAUGAGCAGUCGCUUCCUUCCCUACGACAGUAUUAUAUCGGACGCAGUGCUGAGUCUUGAUGAAGAUACUGUUCUAUCGACCACAGAGGUGGACUUUGCUUUUACUGUGUGGCAGAGUUUCCCAGAGAGGAUUGUGGGAUAUCCAGCUCGCAGUCAUUUUUGGGAUCAGAACAAAGAGCGCUGGGGCUACACGUCCAAGUGGACCAACGACUACUCCAUGGUGCUGACAGGAGCAGCCUUCUAUCACAGAUACUACAACUACUUGUACACCAGCUACUUGCCAACCAGUCUGAAAGGUAUGGUUGACCAGCUCUCCAACUGUGAAGACAUCCUCAUGAACUUCCUGGUGUCGGCCGUCACCAGGAUGCCCCCCAUCAAAGUCACGCAGAAGAAGCAGUACAAGGAGACGAUGAUGGGACAGACCUCCAGGACAUCUCGCUGGGCGGACCCCGACCACUUUGCCCAGCGGCAGACCUGCAUGAACAAAUUUGCCAGCUGGUUUGGCAGCAUGCCCCUGGUGCACUCCCAGAUGAGACUGGACCCCGUUCUGUUCAAGGACCAGGUGUCCAUACUGCGCAAGAAGUACAAGGACAUCGAGCGACUUUAGCUCUAGUGCUCUAAGCCCCGAAUCCCUGCAGGCCCGAUUUUGGGUCUUGCGAGGGGUGGGACAGACGUUGGCCAGGGACUCACCCUUAAGACGCCCCCCCCCCCC